UGUUGGUUGACGUCGUGUUGGGUCGAGCUGUCAUCUUUGCUAGCCGCCGCAUUAGCCACUGUUUUGUUUUGUCAUGACAGGAGCGUGCAGUCCUCGUACAGAACAGGGCUGGUAAAGGCAUCACUUCUUCAGGUGUCCACCUUUGGGGAGGAACAGAGGACAGAAAUCUGCGCGUGUCACAUUAAAGUGAGAUGAAAUGACAACGUCAACAUUACAGAAAGCCAUUGAUCUUGUCACUAAAGCCACAGAGGAGGACAAGGCGAAGAAUUAUGAGGAGGCUCUGCGCCUGUACCAGCAUGCUGUGGAAUAUUUCCUACAUGCCAUAAAAUAUGAGGCCCACAGCGACAAGGCGAAGGAGAGUAUACGAGCAAAAUGUAUGCAGUACCUGGACAGAGCAGAGAAACUGAAGGACUAUCUGAAGAAUAAAGACAAACAGGGCAAGAAGCCUGUCAAAGAAGCACAGAGCAAUGACAAGAGCGACAGUGACAGUGAGGGUGAAAACCCUGAGAAGAAAAAACUGCAGGAGCAGCUUAUGGGUGCUAUUGUAAUGGAGAAACCCAAUGUGAGGUGGAAUGAUGUUGCUGGGCUGGAAGGAGCUAAGGAAGCUUUGAAGGAAGCAGUCAUCCUGCCCAUCAAAUUUCCUCACCUUUUCACAGGCAAACGGACCCCAUGGAGAGGCAUCCUGCUCUUCGGUCCUCCGGGAACAGGGAAGUCAUACCUGGCCAAGGCAGUGGCCACCGAGGCCAACAACUCCACCUUCUUCUCUGUCUCCUCCUCAGACCUCAUGUCGAAGUGGCUGGGAGAGAGUGAGAAGCUGGUGAAAAACCUGUUUGAUCUAGCUCGCCAGCACAAACCUUCAAUCAUCUUCAUCGACGAGGUGGACUCUCUGUGCGGCUCAAGGAACGAGAAUGAAAGCGAGGCUGCCCGCCGCAUCAAGACAGAGUUUCUGGUCCAGAUGCAGGGUGUCGGAAACAACAACGAUGGCAUUCUGGUGCUCGGAGCCACCAACAUCCCCUGGGUGCUGGACGCCGCCAUCCGCAGAAGAUUUGAGAAGCGUAUCUACAUCCCUCUGCCAGAGGAGCCGGCUCGGGCUCAAAUGUUUCGCCUCCAUCUGGGCAACACGCCGCACAGCCUGAGCGAGGCCGACCUGCGGCAGCUCGCCCGCAAAACAGAAGGCUACUCCGGUGCCGACAUCAGCAUCAUCGUCCGGGAUGCUCUCAUGCAGCCCGUUAGGAAGGUCCAGUCUGCCACACAUUUCAAAAAGGUAAGAGAAAGAAACCUGUGAAAUCUUCAAUCUUGGAUCUUUGUGAUAUAAACGAACUAUUGAAAGUCCUGUUAGUUUAUCUGGACUUAUAAGGUCUUAUAAGUCUUGAUUAAAGUUCAGUUCAUCCUCUGUUAAAAAUUAGCUGUUUUAAGCUUGUUUGUAAAAGAAAUCACCCCAAAAAACCAAGCCUGUGAGCUCCAGUACCUGUGAUCAGCUGCCCUGUGCUUCUGCUCACUCUCAGGUUUUAGUCAAAUCUGUCCAUGGUAUGUAAGCAGAUGUUGAGGAAUGAGGAAUUAGAGCUGCUUUUCAGCUACUAGACAGUAUAUUACUAUUAAAGAGCAUCAUCACUCAGGCCUGCAGCAGUCUAACAGACUCCGUUACUGUAAAUGUUAUCAGAAUACUGCAAACUAACCAGUUUAACAUGAAUUUAAUUAGUUAUUGUGUUUAGUAUGUAGUUGAGAUUGAGUUACUAAUGUCUCAAAGAUCGCCCAUAGACUCAAUUCAAUUCAAUUUUAUUUAUAUAGCGCCAAAUCACAACAAAAGUCGCCUCAAGGCGCUUCAUAGA